GGUCCAGACCUUUUGCGCAAUGACAUACAUGUACAAUUACCAUCUAGUGAAUUUCAGCUUGUAAAUCCUCAAGAGGAUACUGAGGUCCGCCCAGAAAUAUCAGUGAACAAAAUGAAAGUGAUCAGCCACAAAACAUGGGUUCAGAGAUUUUCAUUUUUCUCGUCAUGGAACAGUUUAGUGAGAGCUAUCAUGUUUCUGAAAGGAUUCAUUAGGAAACUUCACAAUGAGAGCAAACCCACACGAGCUGAAACGGAACAAUUUAUUGUGAAACUAGUACAACAGGAAGUUUAUGGUGAUGAAAUCAAUUCUUUGCAAACUGGACGUUCUUUGUCAAACAAAUCCAAAAUUCUUCCUCUUGCUCCUGUACAAGAUGAAAAUGGCAUUCUCAGAGUUGGAGGACGAUUGAAACAUGGAAAGGCUAUUUCCAUCAACACUCAGCCUGUGAUCAUUCCCCGAGACCAUCACAUUGCUAUCCUCUUAGUGCGACAUUUUCAUGGUAAAAUUCAUCACCAGGGCAGACACAUGACAGAGGGAGCUCUCCGUGCAUCGGGCUAUUGGGUGAUUGGCGGUAAGAGACUUGUGUCCUCUAUUAUUCGUCAUUGUGUGACUUGUCGAAAGUGUCGUGGACAAUUUCUAUUUCAAAAGAUGUCAGAUCUUCCGGAGGACAGAUUAUCUCCUGGACCACCUUUCACCUUUGUUGGUCUUGAUACAUUUGGACCAUGGUCAGUUCUCCAGCGUAAGACUCGAGGUGGAUCAGCUCAGCAAAAGAGAUGGGCAAUUUUAUUCACUUGCUUAGUUUCAAGAGCAGUUCACUUGGAAGUAGUAGAUGAGAUGAGCAGUGCAGCAUUCAUCAAUGCCUACCGCCGUUUUGUAGCAAUUCGUGGACCCAUAAAACUAUUGCGAUCAGAUAGGGGCACUAACUUUGUGGGUGCAAUUCAGGACUUGGGCAUUGAAGCAGAAUUUGUUGAGGAUGGAAGAAUCGCAAAAACUCUAGAAACCUAUGGAACUUCCUGGAAGUUUAAUCCUCCUCAUUCCUCUCACUUUGGAGGCUCAUGGGAGCGUAUGAUAGGGACCUGUAGGAGGAUUCUGGAUAACAUGCUCAUGCAAGAUAGGAAUAAACUAACUCAUGAUUCAUUAGUGACCUUGAUGGCUGAAGUUUCAGCGAUAGUGAAUUCUCGUCCGUUGCUGCCCAUUUCAACAGAUCCAGAAAACCCAGAAAUUCUGUCUCCCUCAGUGUUGUUGACUCACAAGAAAGGUCAAAACGAUACAUGCCCGUUUCCACAGUUUGGGACCAAGGAUAUGUUACGUAGUCAAUGGAAACUGGUUCAGGGUCUAGCAGAUGAAUUUUGGUCGAAAUGGACGAAAGAGUAUAUCUCAUCUCUUCAAGUCAGGAGAAAGUGGAAGCAGCCAGAAGUGAACUUGAAUGUCGGUGAUAUUGUUCUUGUAAGAGAGAAGGAUUUUCAUAGAUCCAUGUGGCCUAUGGCAAUAGUGACGAAACUUUUUCCAAGUGACGAUUUCCUUGUCAGGAAAGUGGAAAUCAAACUCUAUAAGGAAAACAAGAUUUGUGUGUUCGUUCGACCCGUAGUCGAUCUUGUCCUGUUGGUAUCUUCAGAUGAUUAGUGACUCAAUUUUCAUGGAUAAUGACUGAUAUUUGAUUUUAUGUAUUAUGUAUGUAUGAUUUUGCUAGUUUAGCAUAUUGAAUUUGAUGUAGUGAUUUUUUUAUAAAAAUCAGGAGGGGAGUGUGCUGGAUUCCGGAUUUUUUUUUUUAUAUUUGUCCGGGAUUGGUUUUGUUUUGUAUGUUACAAAAAGCUCCCAGCACGUUCACGGCAUGGUACCCGUACUCAUGCAUUUUGACUUCCAACUUUCCACAACUUCAUGGCACCAAAGUUAUUUUACCCUCCCUGGAGGUUGUCUCUCUGCCAUUAAAAGUAAAGAAACAUA